AUGAGUACUACUUCGAAAAGAUUAAAGAAUCUAUCCAUAUCUGUUCCAGUGCUCUAUGGAAAUAAUGCAGUGAAGCUUGCCCCCGAGAAAAGGACUGAGCGUACACCUCCGGAUCAUACUCAUGAGUGGACCGUAUUUAUUAAACCUGCCCUAGAUAACAUAGAUCUUACUCCCUUAAUAAAAAAAGUGACUUUUAGACUACAUGAAACUUAUGAUACCCCAGUACGCACCAUCGAACAACCACCUUAUGAGGUUACAGAAACUGGAUGGGGCGAAUUCGAAAUCAUAAUAAAAAUACAUUUUCAUUCAGGUGCUGAGCUUGGCAUAAACGAGAAAAACUUCCAAAUAUUUCAUGGCUUGAAGCUUCAUCCUUUCAAUCCCCAAAUCCCUCAAAAGGAAAAUGGUGAGGUGCAUUCUGUAAUGUUUGAUGAAUUAGUAUUUCAAGAUCCUACUGAAAAGGUAUUCGAAAUCCUUACUCGAAAACCAUGCAAUUUGCUCCCUUACCAGUUAUCAGAUGAGUCCAAAAGAGAUCAAGAGUACAUAAGGACGGACGAGUUGGAUGAAUUGGCAAGGUUGGAUGUAUAUGUAAAUAGGGUGAAGGAAGAAGUUGAAAAACAAAAGUCUGAGUUUCAAGAUCUAGAAUUGCAAAAGGCGGCCUUGCUACAAUAG